CCUCAGUUCAGUCCCAGGCAGUAAACGAAUUCAGUGUAAUGAAGAUUCCGCUUUUCAGUCUAAUUAAAUGAAAUCCCUUUUUAUUAGCUCUUGUACGCCUACACGAUCACUUCAGCCAGCGGACUUUCUCAUGUCUCCUCAUUACCCUGGCUCCUAGCAACCGCUUCGGGACUCCGGACAACAAGAUCCUGCCUUCAGAGCUCUUUUAGUAGCGGCUUAAACUCUCAAAAACUGUUCUCGUUUACAUCUCGGACAUUUUGAGAAGAAUGGAGGGUUUGAGCCGAGUGUCCCGUGUCCCCGCUGCAACCCAGCUGGACGAUGACAUCUUGAAACCCGCAUUUCGCGAGCAACUCUGUUACAUGAAACAGGGGUGUGAUUCGGAAACAGACAGAGAGAAAUGCGACUUCUUGGCCGCUUCGUUGAUCCUUUCCGAAGACAUUAACAAACAGAAAACAGAGCUUAUUGAAACCCCGGCGCGUAGAGCUAAAACUGCAAUGGCAGCAAUAGGUUUUAAGAAGAAUUGGGAUCCUUAUGAGACAUCACACAAACGCGAGUUUGUUCACAGACCUAAUUCAUCGACUCAGGCCUACCGUCCCAAGUCUUCAAAAGCUUAUAGUUUCUCCUAUGAGUUGGGGGAUCCAGUUGGUGCAAGCCUGUACAGCCAGCAGUUCUGCUGGAAACCCUUUUCGAAACCAGAUCACAUACGCAGUGGCUCUGCUUCAGGAAACAGAAGGAACAACCCUCACCCCAGUGAGUCCUUUCUAAUAUGGCAGUUGCCCAGAAAAGAGAAGCAGAUUUCAGAGGACAGCAGGUCGCCUUGGAAAAAUCUGCCAUCUGAAGAGGAAAUCAGAAGAGCCUUGACAGCACAGUAUUGCUCAACCUAUAAAGCAGAUUACUUGGGUAUACCUCAAGGCUUUCAGGUGAAGCAUGCCAUUCCAGCUCCACCGAACUGGAAAAAAGAUAUCCCGCAUUCGCAUCUGACCAACACGAGGUAUCACUACCAACAACCCAAACAGACCCCUGAGCUUCUGAACACUACAACUCGCUAUGGGUGCAACACACAUCACCAUUUGGCUCCCAAAGGAGUGGUGCCGUCUGUGACCUAUGCCCACAUCAGGAACCAGGAGAACAGGAAGCAGCCGACCACAUAUGAAAGGCAUUUUGGGGACGGAAGGACAGACAUUUCAACUGUGCUUCGAUCUCUGAAGCCUCAAGAGAUUCAGCAUUUCCUUCAGAGUGUUCCUGAUAAAGACAAGGAAGUCAUGAAAAUAUUUCUGAGAACAUUCACACUUCCCAGUCAAGGUGCAAGAGCAAAGAAUCCCUUUGGAAUACUUUCAACCUCAAAACAAACCUGAAUGUCAGUACCGCCCAGACCUCUACAAACUGUCAACAACAUCUUGUUAUUGGAACUAUUAUGUGAAUAAAGGAUCACCAAUGUCUGCAGGCUUGCAAACCUGUUUGCUAAAAAACAGUAAAAUCCAAACAUGACUUUUAAUUGCAUCAUUUUGUUUUGUGUGUAUGUACAGUAAAUUGUUGAAGUACCGCUGUAUGAUUCUGAGUGUUGAUGAGAUUUGUUUUUCCAGAAUACAUCAAAAUUAGAUGUGCAGGUUGCUUUUUAUGGGUGUGGAGACUUAAUCACAAUAACUAGAGCUAGGAAAUCAAAACUAUACUAUACAUACAUGACAGAUUACAACGAUAAAAAUAAGAAAAGAGAACACCCUUUCAAUGAUGUACAAGCCAAAGUAUUUUUUUUUCUUUUCUUUUAUUGGAUUUCGUGCACAUUGCAACACAAAAUAUUAAAUCCCUUCAUGUAAUGUUCAGGGUCCGUGUGCAGUCGUGACAAAAUAAAUGUCACAAGACAAAUAGUGUCCCAGUUCUUUUUUCUGAAUCCCUUGUUGGGUCAAAAAAAAAACUUCCAGGCAACUCUUUUAAACCAAGGUGAAGUGUUUGGCAAACAUACUCCCGUGUAGGUGACACAUUUGCAUUGCGCAAUUCACCUUGUUUAACUUUCUGUAGAACUGGAAUGAACUUGCAUUUUUCGAUUUUACAGGCUGUAUGCUGUAGCUUUUGCCAACACUGGGUACUGGAUAUUUUGAACUUAUUCUGUUUCAUAAGUACAGUUGGUACUAUACAUGGCAGCUUCUAAAGCAUUUAAAACAUACACCUGCCAUGCACUAAUAAUCUUAUUGGUUUUCCUGCUUAGAUUGAGGUUUAGCAUCCCUAACAUUUAUUGAAGAUCUUUUGGGUAAAGAAAGCUUACCCAAAAGGGGUAACUUUAUACCAAUGAAGUUUAAAAUUUUAACUGCUCACUACAAUUUAACUGAGAUAAAAUGAAUACAUGACACUGAAUAGAACUGUCACUUCCUUCUGAGUAUGUGUACGAUGAAAAUAGGCAAUUAGGUAAUUAAAUCAUUCAGUUAAGUAAUUUAUGGGACAGUGGAAAAUGAUCACUGAUAACAGAGUACUGACAGGCUGUGCACGGAAAAGAGCUGGCAUGAUGAGAUUUCGACAUACUUCUGUGAUAUUUGCCAUGGUUUGUGCUUUUCGUGUGGUUGGGCAGUGUACCAGUGCUUUGCUUUCAGUGAUCAGGAUAUUUCUGGGCUUUGCAUACUUAAGCUAUGCGUUGAUAGGUCUCCUAUAAAGCACACCAAUCAUGCUUUAUGAAUGUUUGAAACUAAGCCCAAUAAAGUUCUCUUCAGUUGGCACAUCA